UAGCGCUAUCAUCGAUUGACACACUUAACGGACAACGCCGAUUAAAAGACCUCGCCAAAUCUUUCAAGUACAUAGUGUGGCACGCUUUCGAUUUUGUCGUUUUUUUUUUGUAAAUCAACAGUUAAAAAACAGCAAAGAUGACUGACAAAGUAGAAAAGUCCAGCGUUGAAAUCACCGAGGAAGUUGAGAAAACAAAGGAGGAAAAGGUCGUGGAAAAACCGGAAACGGUUGAAAAUGGCGACGUGAAAGAAAACGAAGACGAAAAGGAAAACGGCGACGAAAAAUCGGCGGAAAAGAACGGACGCGAAGAAUCUGAAGAAAAACCUGCUGUGAAAAGGAAAUCGACGGCAGCUAAUGACGCCACCGACGGGGAAGGUAAAGAAGAAACUGCUACCCCGGAAAAGAAAGCCAAGUUGGACGAAAAAGAACCAACGGAAUCGGCAAAAACAGACGCAGAAGUAGAAGCUUAAGUUUCAAUUCUAUUUAAAAAAAAUCUGUGUUCAAAACAAUUUCUAACGUUUUUUUUAUAAAUAUAUAUAUAUAUAAAUGUAUGUAAUUGAAUAAUGUGUGACGUUAGGGUCUAGUUGUGUGGAUAUAUUAUGAAAAACCGUCCCUGGCGUUCGACAUGAAUUUUAUUUACAUAUAACGAGUAAUUUUAGAAAAAUUGCAUUUAAUUUUUUAGUUGAUGUUGCACAAUUUAGAAAGGAAAAAUUUCUUGUCUGUUGGUCAUUCUACAAAGUCUCGAUGAUAAAUGAAAAAAAUUUUGCCGAACAUAUCAAGCGGUGGGAGGUAUUGCAGAUGACGUGGUUCGAAUAUAAAUUACGUCACUUCCACUUCGAUUUCUCUCCAUACAAUAAUAAUUAAAACUAACACUGCCCUUUUUAUUAUUUUCUACUAAAUCUCGAAUUAUUAAUAAUAAAUUUUUUUUCUUAUUCUAAGAAUAUAUAUUUAUACACUGAUAAAACUUAUUUGUUGUUAACAAAAAGAUCUAUAACAAUAAAAAAAUAGUACAAAGCUUCCGUGUUGUAUAAAAAAAAAAUAGUUUUUUAUCGCUUUUAUAAAAAUGUUACAAAUAUCUAUAUAUGUAUGUGUGUGUGUAAACAAGAAUUUAAGAAAAAAGUUAGUACGUAAGAAAAUUUUUUCAUUUAUUAUUCGAGAGUUCCAACGAAAAUUUAUAUUUUCGACAAAUUGCACUCAAUAUUUCGUAAUUAAUCUUUGAUUACUGUUUUUGGUCAGUUUUUCUCUAGGUAGGAGACCAAUUGCACUCGAUAAUUCAAAAUUAAUAUUCAGUAACAUUUUUGGUAGUUUUUUUCUUUGUUUGGGAGUCAAUUUCCGCUUGAGUGUGAUACGGAAAGUCUAUUUCCAUCAGCUGUAGUGAUUUUUCCAUUAUAACCACUAUAAAAAGUGGAAAAUGUAAAAUUUAUUUGAGAAAAGCGACAUUUUCGACAAAUUGCACUCAAUAUUUCGAAAUUAAUCUUUGAUUACUGUUUUUGGUCAUUUUUUCUCUAGGUAGGAGACCAAUUGCACUCGAUAAUUCAAAAUUAAUAUUCAGUAACACUUUUUGGUAGUUUUUUUUCUUGUAUGGGAGUCAAUUUCCACUUGAGUGUGGUAUGGAAAGUCUAUUUCCAUCAGCUGUAGUGAUUUUUCUAUUAUAACCACUACAAAAACUGGAUAAUGUAAAAUUUACUUGACAAAAACGAUAUUUUCGACAAAUUGCACUCAAUAUUUCGAAAAUAAUCUUUGAUUACUAUUUUUGGUCAGUUUUUCCCUAGGUAGGAGACAAAUUGCACUCAAUAAUUCAAAAUUAAUAUUCAGUAACACUUUUUGGUAGUUUUUUUUCUUGUAUGGGAGUCAAUUUCCACUUGAGUGUGGUAUGGAAAGUCUAUUUCCAUCAGCUGUAGUGAUUUUUCCAUUAUAACCACUACAAAAACUGGAUAAUGUAAAAUUUACUUGACAAAAACGAUAUUUUCGACAAAUUGCACUCAAUGUUUCGUAAUUAAUCUUUGAUUACUGUUUUUGGUCAGUUUUUCUCUAGGUAGGAGACAAAUUGCACUCAAUAAUUCAAAAUUAAUAUUCAGUAACACUUUUUGGUAGUUUUUUUUCUUGUAUGGGAGUCAAUUUCCACUUGAGUGUGGUAUGGAAAGUCUAUUUCCAUCAGCUGUAGUGAUUUUUCUAUUAUAACCACUACAAAAACUGGAUAAUGUAAAAUUUACUUGACAAAAACGAUAUUUUCGACAAAUUGCACUCAAUGUUUCGUAAUUAAUCUUUGAUUACUGUUUUUGGUCAGUUUUUCUCUAGGUAGGAGACAAAUUGCACUCAAUAAUUCAAAAUUAAUAUUCCGUGACACUUUUUGGUAGUUUUUUUCUUAGUUUGGGAAGCAAUUUCCACUUGAGUGAUAUGGAAAGUCUAUUUCCAUCAGCUCUAGUGAUUUUUCCAUUAUAACCACUACAAAAACUGAGAAAUGUGAAAUUUUAUUUAAAAAAAAAACGUUAGUCCGCACAAUCUGCACUCAAUUAUUCGAAAAUAAUCCUAUAUAACACAUUAUUGUAGUAUUUCGAAAGUUCUGUUGCUUUUUAGGCCAAUGUCUGAAAUUUUUCCUUUGUCCAUAUCUAUUUUUCAAUUUUUAAUUACCAUAAAAAACUGGAAAAUCCUUUAAUUGAUUGAAAAUAGGUAAUUUUUUACAAAUUGCACUCAGUAAGUUGAAAUAAUCGAACCGUAUUUCGAAUUACCCACUUAUUUAAAUUUUUUUCUGCAUUUAAAUGCUGGAGAAUUUAAUUUAUAACCAAAAAAAAACGAUAUUUUUCACAAAUUGCACUCAAUACGUUAAAAAUAAUCUUGUUUUAAAGUUUUGAUUCCUAAUUUCUGAAUUCUAGUAUAUACCAUCCUAAUAAAUGUCACCAAUAUUUUGAAAAUUUAAUAAAAAUCAAAUUUUUUGUGAAAUUGACAGAAGAAACCAUAUUUUUCUUCAAUAUAGAUUCGUCGGGACUCUUCCCACAUUGAUUCGACUUUGUAGAAUGACUUGAAAAUUUCCUAGGUGUUAAUGUGGGGUGCCAAGGUAUUUCGUGGUACGUUUUAUGUACUUAAGUUUUCUAUUUGUAGUAUUUGACAAUUUAAUUUUAUUUCUCGAUAAUAAAUCCACGUGUUGUGAAUCACUGUAAUAUAAAUAAAUUACCAUGGUGUUCUUUAGAAUGUUACAGUAAA